GCAUUUUUUCUUUGUUCCACACACGUCGGUCGGCAAUGUGUGAAAGAAAGCCAAGUUCGAAAAAAGUAUUUAACGCUCACGCAUCACGCAUCUGCUGUGCUGCUGCUGUCUGUGUAAAUCUGCCGCCGAGCCGAGCCGAAGUCUCUCGAGUGAACGGAGCGCUAGAAAAGAAUAGAGAAUAGUUUAAUAUUAAAAAAGGACAACAAUGAAAGGCUUGUCUUUGUUGUGGUUAUAUUACAUUGAAAAGAAUCAUCACUGAUCUCCAUUUCCUAGACAGUUUAAAAUCAUGUCAGACUUAGCAAGUGAUGCGUCACCUUCAGGCGCUCACAACCCCCUGGAAAAAUUGCUUAAAUUUCGUUUUGAGAAAAAAUCAAUUUUAAGUGAUAAAUGUGUACCCAAUGGCAAAGAGAAGUCACCUCUUAAACAAGAAAAUGGUAUAGAUUCCAAUUCAGUGCAUUCACCCUCUAAAGAGUCGUCUUCAAUAAACAAUAAAAUUAAAGAACUUUCAUCAUCUAUAUCAAUUGCAUUAAAAACAGAAUUUCCCCACAAUACGCCUUCAUCUUCUCUGGAAAAUGGAGGUAAUGAUAAUGAAAGUCCUCUAGAAAGCCCAAUCAAACCUGGUAAAAGAAAAGCGAAAGUUUUGAGUUCUGAUACAGAGGAUGACAGUCCGAAACCCAAUGGUGUAAGAAGUAGUAAGAAAUCAAAGCCAUUAGAUAUUGAUGAAGAAGGACGUACAAGUCUUGAAAAUGCUUUGAAAGAUCUUCAUGAUGCUUUUCCUGGCAAAGAUAUUUUGAUUCUUCAAGAUGCUCUUUUUAAAGCUGGAUGCAGUGUCAGUAAGGCUAAGACCAUUCUCAGUGAAGCUUUUUCUAAUACUUCAACUUCAGAUGUGACCAUUAAAAAGAAAUUAAAUGGUGUAGGAAAAAUAGGUAAAAAAAAGAAAAAGGAAAUGGAUUCUUGUGAUGAAGACAAUGAAAGUGAUGAAGAUGACGACGGCCGGGGCUAUAAAAAGAGAAAAGUAUAUGACAGUGAUGCAGACUCAGAUGAAGAAGUCUCAGAUGACUUAUCAGGCGACAAGAAGAAAGUCUUUAUGUUCCUCUGUCAGUCUGAUUUGGCAGAAUUGCAAAAAAUGCAAUGCUCAAAGAAGAAAGCUGAGUUAAUCAUAGAAAGUCGUCCAUUUGAUGGUUGGAAACAUUUGGUUGAAAAACUACAAAAGAAAGGUGGGGCUGGAUGUGAAGUUCUCAAUGCUGCUCAGGAAUUACUGCAAACUAGGGAAGUAGCUGCAGAACUUAUAAGAAAGUGUGGAAAGCUUGCUAGUAAAAUGGAAACUGCUGUUGCUGCUGGGCUCUCUGAUGUCCAGUCACAACCAAGUAUCAUGUCAGAAAAUUUAAAACUUUCCGACUACCAACUAGUUGGACUUAACUGGCUACUCGUGUUGAAUACUCAUCAAGUUAAUGGUAUACUGGCUGAUGAGAUGGGUCUUGGUAAAACGGUGCAGAUUAUAGCAUUUCUUUCAUACUUGAAAGAGAAAAAACUUGCAAAUCCUGGUAAACCUCACCUCAUUGUAGUUCCAGCUUCUACACUUGAAAAUUGGCAAAAUGAAUUUACCAGAUGGAGUCCUAGUAUGAACGUAAGUGUGUAUUAUGGAUCCCAAGAAGACCGGAAGUAUCAGAGGAUAGAGUGGUCCCAAAAUGGUUUUGGUGACACAGAAGUGGUUUUAACUACAUAUGGAAUGAUUACAAGUUGCCCAGAGGAGCGAAAAAUGUUUAGGAUUAUCCCAUUACAUUACGCCAUAUUUGAUGAAGCACACAUGCUGAAAAAUAUGUACACUCAAAGAUAUGAACAACUAAUCAAGAUCAAUGCCCCUAAUAGAGUGCUGGUAACAGGCACUCCCUUACAAAAUAAUUUGUUGGAGCUUAUGUCCCUUUUGGUAUUUGUGAUGCCUAAAUUAUUCAAAGGAAAACAAGAAACACUAAAAGCUCUUUUUACAAAGGGAUCAAAACAGCAAAAUAAUAAAAGUGAUUCAGAAAGUUCUUUGCCGGAAUUUGAACGCACUCAAAUAUUUCAAGCAAAGCACAUUAUGAAACCAUUUGUGCUACGUCGUCUAAAAUGUGAUGUCCUCAAGGAUUUACCUCAGAAAACAGAUGAAUUAAUGCAUUGCCCUAUGACUGAGGAUCAAGAGCAAAAAUAUAAUGAACUGAUAGCUAUGUUUUCAAGGCAGGCUGCAAAGGAAUUGAAUGGUGAUGAUCCCAGUGAACCAUCAGAGAGUGGUAUGGCAAUGUACAUGAAACUCAGAAGGCUAGCUAAUCACCCAUUGCUAUUAAGAUACCAUUUUAAGGAUGACACUAUUAAAGAAAUGGCCAAAAGAUUACAGAAAGAUAUUAUUUAUAAAGACACUGUGUAUCAGUAUAUCCUGGACGAUCUCAAUGUUAUGUCUGAUUUUGAAUUGCACAACAUGUGCCUUGAAUAUAAGACAUGCUACAACUUACGUCUCCCACCUAGUGUCAUGGGAGAGUCAGGGAAACUCAAAGAAAUUGAGAAACUGUUGCCCAAACUUCAAGAGGAAGGACACAGAGUUCUUAUCUUUUCUCAGUUUGUAAUUGUCUUGGAUGUAUUGGAGGAAUUUUUUAAGCACAAAGGCUACAAAUUCCUUCGUCUUGAUGGCAGUACACCAGUACCCCAGAGGCAAGAUCUUAUUGACGAAUAUAACCGAGAUACAACUAUACUUAUAUUUAUGUUAUCUACCCGCGCUGGUGGGCUUGGUAUCAAUCUUACCUCAGCUGACACAGUCAUCAUUCAUGAUGUGGAUCCUAAUCCUCAUAAUGAUAAGCAGGCUGAGGACCGCUGCCAUCGCAUAGGACAGACAAAGCCUGUAAAGGUUAUACGCCUAAUAAGUAAGGGAACCAUUGAAGAAAAUAUUAUGACUUUGGCCCAAGAAAAACUGUUGCUUGAAAAGGAAGUCUCUACUAAUGAAGAAAAUGACCAAUCUGAGAAGAAGAGUGUGGCAAAACUUCUUAAACAAGCCCUGGGGAUGGACAAAAAAAAUUCUGGGAACUCAAAAUCACCAAUCAAGUCUAGUGCAUUGUAACUGCAACUCAUCGUACGUAAUCAAUUCUGCUCAGUUUUCUGUGAUCAUUUAUACCUGUGUCCUAUUUAGUAUUUGUGUUUUUGAUCUUACCUAAUCAGCGUACAAAAUGUUGAUCUUUCUACUUGUAUUUUUUUAUUGCUAUUAUUUUCUAUCUAUUGUGUACCUUUCUACUAGUUUAUUACAUGCAUGCCUGAAGUACUUUUCAGUCAUUUCUCCUCCACUGAUUGUAUGUUAUUACUUCGUAUAUUGAGAUGCUUUGUCAAAGUCUACAGAACCUUUCACCCUUUAACCUGCUGGCUAGGUGUGUUCCUUGUGAUGGUGUUCUCCAUGAGUUUGAAAUGAGAAGUGUAUUAUUAAUGUUUGUCUAUCACUUGUAAUGUGGUUUUUCCACAGUAUCCAUUUAGUUUCUGGAUUUUCUUCUGUUGAUGAAAGUCUCAGUAUUAUCAAGCACUCUAAAUGUUCAACUAGAAAGUAAAUGACCGUGGAAAAUCUUUUCUUCUUUUUUAUGUUUGUUUGUUUUGUUUGAUUAUUAUCAUCUUGGAGGAGAUAAUGCAACCUAGUUUACUGUAUUACUUUUAUGAAGUAGAGGGGGAAAUCAUGUGUUAGUUUGUAUCCAGAAAUUAUUCUGGAGGACAGCAGAAUAACAAUUCUUAAAAAGUUUCUGCAUCUACACAUUCCUAAAGAUGACUGUACUUGGGACUGGUAACAUUUAUUAACUCUUUUUUGUACGAUAAAGAUGCAACAGUACUUAUUUUCUUGUCUUAUUGCUGUUUGGAACCUUGCAUUCUUAGUAAAGAUAUGUAUACCAUGUAUGAAACAUUAACAGAUUAUCUACUUCUCAA